ACUUUAACAACCUUUCAGCAGAACCUAAACCUACUCCCGAGCUCGCUAGUAAACAGACCACCAUUAAUACUCUCCACUCUCCGUCACAACCUUCCCUUCUCCUGCACCACCAUCCCAUAUAUAUAUAUAUAUAUAUACACAAAGCCCUCUGCUCCUAGCUUCAACCCAGUCCAAGCAGAUUGAGUGCAUGCUAAUUAUUUUCACAUAGAGUGCUACUAUAGCCACGGAGAUGAUGCAGUGCUCCUCGAUGGUGGGUUUGGGUUCUAGCAGCCGCCGCCGGUGGAUGGCCGCGGGGUUGCUGGUGGUGGUGCUGCUGCAUGCGGCUGCGGUGGGGGUGCAGGGUCGGGCAUUCUUCGUGUUCGGAGACUCGCUGGUGGACAACGGGAACAAUAACUACCUCCUCACCAGCGCCCGCGCCGACGCCCCUCCUUACGGCAUUGACUAUCCCACCCACAGAGCCACCGGCCGUUUCUCCAACGGCCUAAAUAUCCCUGACAUUAUCAGUGAGAGAAUGGGGUCGGAGUCCACAUUGCCGUACUUGAGCCCAGAGCUGACAGGUGAAAGACUCCUUGUUGGCGCUAAUUUUGCUUCAGCAGGGAUUGGAAUCCUCAAUGACACCGGCAUUCAGUUUGUAAACAUAAUCAGAAUCUUCAAACAGCUGGAGUACUUCCAGCAGUACCAGCAGAGGCUGAGCGCCGUGGUUGGGGCGGAGGAGGCCCAGAGGGUGGUCAACCAAGGGCUGGUGCUGAUGACACUUGGCGGCAACGACUUCGUCAACAACUACUACUUGGUUCCCUUCUCCGCCCGAUCUCGCCAGUUCACUCUCCCCGACUACGUCCGCUACCUCAUCUCCGAGUAUCGCAAAGUUCUCAGGAGAUUGUAUGACCUGGGAGGACGGAGGGUGCUAGUGACGGGGACGGGGCCGUUGGGGUGCGUCCCGGCGGAGCGAGCAUUGCGCAGCAGAGCCGGAGAGUGCGCGGUGGAGCUGCAGCGAGCCUCCAACCUGUUCAACCCACAGCUCUUCCAAAUGGUGGACUCCCUCAAUUCUGAAAUCGGCGCCGACGUCUUCAUCGGCGCCGACCCUUUUGCCUCCGACUUCAACUUCGUCAACAAUCCUCAAGCUUUUGGAUUUGUAACAUCACAGGUGGCAUGCUGUGGACAAGGACGUUACAAUGGGCUGGGACUAUGCACCCCGCUGUCAAACCUAUGCCCUAACAGAGACAUCUACGCCUUCUGGGAUGCCUUCCAUCCCAGCGAAAGGGCCAACAGGUUCAUCGUGGACAACAUCUUCACUGGCUCAGCUCAGCACAUGAAGCCCAUGAACCUCAGCACCAUAUUGGCCUUGGAUUCUGCUUCACGGACAUGAUCCAUCAUCCACAUCCCUCUAUAUAUUUUCUAUAUAUAUAUAUAUAUAUAUGAAAAUUGCUUUAUGCAUGCAAAUAAUUUGUUUUCCAAAACCAGCAGCCUUCAUAAAUAUAUAUUUGUGUGUAUUUGUGUUUGUGUUUAUUUUUGUUUUGGAGCAUGGGAUAUAUAUGGACAUGUUUCCAAUUGGAUUUGUAUGCAUUGGUCGGUUGAUGGGCAAAUUAAAGCAAUGGGCAGAUUCUUCAUUAAUAAUAUGUAAGAAAGAAGUUGUUCUUAGGGCUA